AUGUCUUCGGAGACGGAUUUUGCAGAGUUUUCAGCUUUGUUCGAGAGGAUGAUCCGACGAGGCGAAGGUCUCUCACGAUUCUUACCCCUCAUCUUAUCUUUAGCCGUUGAAGCCGCCGCCGCCGACGAGGACGGUGAACCGGCCGAUCAGACGGCGAGACAGAGAGGGAUCGUCAUCGAUCCGGUGAACCAGAGAGUGGUGAUGAUCAGAUCAGCUUUGGGAGAUUUCUUAAACGGCGACGUUUCGGGGAAACAAGGGAAAUCGCCGGCGUCGAAAUCGUCGGUGGAGAGUAUGCCACGUGUCGUGAUCGGGAAAGAUGAGGAGAAGGGAGGAUCGUGUCCGAUUUGUCUUGAGGAGUGGUUGGAAGGUGACGUGGCUGCGGAGAUGCCGUGUAAGCAUACGUUUCACUCGAAGUGCGUGGAGGAGUGGUUGGGGAGACACGCCACGUGUCCGUUGUGUAGGUAUGAGAUGCCUGUUGAGGAAGUGGAGGGAGAGAAGAAGGUAGGGGUUUGGAUUGGGUUCUCUGUUAGUGACGGAGGAAGAAGAAACGUAGAAGAAGACGGAGGAAGGAGAAGGGGUGGUGACGCGAACCCUCGAGAUGAAACAGAGGCUUAGUUUUUUAAGUUUUAGAAAGAAACUUGUGUAUAUUCUUUUCGUUUUACUUUUAUUUUUUCUAAUGUCUUUCCAAUUUCAAUAAAUGAUUGGUUGAUGAAUGUUUGUGUUCCAAAAAAAAAAAAAAAAGAUUGGUUGAUGAACUUGAAUGUCGAAGCAGUAUAGGAUUGGUUUCAGGAAACAUGACUCAUUGCAACAAACAAACAACACAACAAAACAAAGAUUGCAUUCAAUGUAAGAAUGUUCUAGGGCUGUGGU